GUGCAGGCCAGGUCUUUGUCUGCAGUAGGCCAACAGUGCUAGUGUUAUUAGAGUCUUGAACCUCCAAACUCUUACAAAUAUAAAAUAUUGCGGUGGAUUUACCUGUAUAUGAACAAAAGAGAGGGGGAGACUAAUCUUUAAACGGCAAGAAAUCGGAUCUGUUUAUUAAACAAAGUUCAGCAAUAUACAUGGUACAGGAGGCCAACUGUAUUAUGCCCUUUCAGUAAAAUAUUUUGCUUUUAUACAAAGGUCUGGAUGUCCCAAAAUUGAUACAUUCUCAAAUAAAUCAAGUAAAAACAACCGGUAAACUUUUCCAUUACUAAGUGUUUUGUAACACUUUGUAAUUUUGGUCGUUUGCCAGACUGCAAUAUUAAUACAUUAAAAACAAAAAUGCGGUUCUGGCGCCAUCUUGUGGCAUGAACGCAAAUCUGCAACACUUCCAAUGAAACAUUGACGCAGGCGGUGCGUGAACUGUCACAACCGGGUGUUUUUUUAAUAUGACUUGAUCAAAUUGUUCUUGUACAGUAUAGCUUUACUGUGUAAGUCCUUUCUGAAAGAUGAGUCACGUUUUAGGAGCUUUCGUUAAUAAAGAAAACUAUUUUUUCCUGAAUCAACUUUCCAAUGUUGUUAGUUUGCCUAAUUGUAACAUUAUUCAACUAGGAAGAAAUGACGUGAAUUACUUUGCCUUUUCAGUAACAGUAGACGAGUGUGUUAAUAUCGGUAAUCUUUGUGUAUAUUUGCAUAAUUGAGCUCCCAUUACAUAUCUGACAAAGGGAGCCUUUUUACUCCUAUCGCUUCAUCUUCACCUUCUUCGUUCGAUAAGUAUGUAAAGCAAACUACAUUAAAACGAGGGCUCGGAGAAUAGGAUGCAGCCACGGCACCCAUUUGAACUGAAAACGGAUCGGCGUGUGGAGGGAGUUAACUCAGGUACAAACCAAAGACUGAAGGAUGGAAAGUGACAGCCAGUACUCCCUCCUGGUCGGCAUGGCGUACUUAUUUAACACUAUGUUUGGGACCGGGAUUCUUGCGCUGCCAAGGGCCUUCGCGAGCGGAGGGUGGCUAGUGAGCACCGUCACUCUGCUCUCCUCAGUAGCACUGAGCUACGUCACGGUGACAUUCCUGAUUGAAGUGAUCGCCUGUGCCUGCGGGAAGACAGCUGGGAGCGAGGAGACGAGAGAAGGAAAAGAACGAAUUACUCCUGCUGACAUGGUCAAGGAAAACAUUGCCAUGGCUGAUAAAAACGCUGGAGCGGACGAGUGGAAAGAGAGGAAAGCUCUUAUUGAAAAGGAGCCUGACGGCUGUGUCUGCUGCAGAUCUGGUUCAGAAUCAGAUUUGUGCCCGAGUGUUUUUGAUAUAAACAAAACAAUAUCUUUUACCGAUCUGACAGCGAUGUACUUUAACCCAGUUGGAGACAUCCUGAGUCGCAUUGUCCUGCUGCUGUCGAUCUGGGGCUCCCUGUUGAUGUACUUGACCAUGGUGCCCUUCAGCUUAGCAAACCUCCUGUGCAAACCUGAAACAGACUGCAACAAACUCGGCAAUUUCUCCUUCAUCGCUGAUGAAGGUCUUUGCUGGGGGCCCCUCACCAAAAUCAGCGUCUACAGAAUCUUCCUGACCCUGUUUAUCCUGCUGGUCGGUCCGUUUGUGUUUUUCUCCGUUCAGAAGAAUAAAUACAUCCAAGUCUUCGCCUCCAUCAUGUCCUUCGUGGUUUUCUCCAUCAUGUUUGUAACAUCAGUCGUCAUCCUAGCGAGGGGGCGAGGCAGAGGGACCCCCAUCCUGGCGGAUUUCAACGCCUUCCCCAGCGUGUUUGGGGCCUGCUCAGUGGCCGCUGUGUCCCACACUGUCCUCCCCACUGUGGUCCCGCUGAUCCGGAACAAAACCUACCUGUGCCAAGGAGUGAUGGUGGUGUUUGCCACGGUCACCCUGCUGUACCUCACCUUGUGCGUCUUCGUGGUGUUCGUGUUCCCGGAGAAAGACAUCCAAGCGGUGAUCCUCGUCAAUUUUGCAACCUGCUCCGUUGUCCCUGUGGUUUUCGUGAUCUACAUUCUCGGCCUCUACACGACUAUCAAAGUGUCCGCCAAUUUCCCGCUGAACGGCGUCACGUUAAGCGACAACCUGAAGUCCAUGUUUGCGGGGUUCCAGUGCUCUCACGCGUGGCCAGUGGACAGGCUGCUCUUCCCCCUGGCCGUGAUCGCGCCUCCGCUGGCCAUUUCCUACGGCACCCACAACAUCGAGAUGAUCGUGGGGAUCACCGGCUCGUACACGGUGAACCUCAUCCAGUACGUCACCCCAUCCGCGCUGGUGUACCUGAGCAGGAAGGAGGCGCGGGCACGGUUUGGGGAUGAUGUCCUGAUAAAGCAUGCUUCCCCGUUUCAGCAUGGCUUCUGGAUAAUCCUGGCCCUGCUGUACGCAGCUGUGGGGCUGGUGGUUUCCACUGUUUUCUAUGUAAAAAGCCUUGCAUGAAGUCGGCACGGAGAACGCAAUCUUUUUUUUUUUUCAGGUUUUACAUGGAAGAACAUCAGGGAUGUAGUUAAAAGAUGGGAGCUACUUUCAUCAUACAAGUUUCUAAGAUAAUGUAAAAUCUUUCUGAUCCCUAGAACCUUUUCUACUUCUGUCAUAUUCCUUGCUAUAUGAAACCCUAACUUAGUCCCUUAAUAUUACAAUAACAAUAAUAAUAAUAAUAAUAAUAAUAAUACUCAUCUGAAUAUUAUAACCCAUAUUAAGCCUGUAAGACUGUAAAUAAUAAACGUCUAUAGUUUAUACAGAUUUGCCAAGUUAAGCUCAACCCCCACUUGACUCACUGGUAAGGAUUGGCUUAAUUAAAAUGUAUAAAGGCUUAAGAUUCUGCAGUUAAAUUAAGAGGAUUAGGGAAUGAAAAUAAUUAUAUUUCUUAAUCCAUAUAAUUUCUGAACAAUACACAUGCCACGUGCUGGUAUAAGAUGUAAACACACAGAUAUAUUUAUUUUUUGGAAAAUGCAUUUUAAAAAAUGUCCGCAGGCCCUAUUUUGAUGCCAGAGCAAUGGAAUGAGAGGACUGCACCGGUAUGAAAGAGAGGAGACGGAGUUUAGGAAGGCGCUGCUUCUGUCCAGCUCCUUGCUGUCACAAUGAUUUGAAUCUCCUGUAUACACGUGCCUUUGCCUUUGCAGAUGUGCUCCACAAUGGGUCUCCUUCUCUUCUCACAUCACUACCUGUUCUUUUCAUCUUGUCAGCGCACCCUGUAUAACAAGUUGUAAAUGCACACCCUGUCUGCUUUGAGUUUUUUACAAAAAUGCAUAAUAGGCCACAGAGGAAUAUAUUUUUAGCCAAAGCCUUACCAGUGAUCUCAUGUAAAUGCCAAAUGCAGUUUGACACUUAGGUCUACACAACAGUUUCAGUGCUAUGUCAGGGCACGGAAGGAAAUUCAAACAUACAACAUAUGGACAUUUUCAACUAACUAUACAUUAGUUUGUCCUUCAGAUGGCUUAAAGCUGUGUUAAUGUUCAAUCAUUUAAAACACAUACAUUUCUUACCCCUGGAAAGUUUGAUUGUUCAAACAGGGAAAUAGGACCCCUCCCCAUAACAGGGAAGAUGUAACGUUCUGCAAAUGAAACCCUGAAACGUCACUGUGGAAGGGUGAGGUUACCCCUGGAGCAUUAAACAAAAAGAGGUGUUUUGGUGGCAGGGAUAGGGUUAAAAUUUACUGUGAUCUCUCUGGUCCUAUGCAUUCCAGCCUUGUGAGUAUAGCUGGAAUGGAGGAAACCGGACACCUUGAUCGGUGGGCCUGUUGACUAAUCAAUCAAUGAAUCAAUUAUUGUUUUAAUUAAUCCACCUGGUGGGUAGAAGCGAGGCUGCAGAAAGAAAGAGAUGAGAGAGAGGACAGGUAGCAAAUUGUAUUGCCAGUAGGUGCUGUUCCAAGCGCCGCAACAGAGGCUAGUUUGCCUGCCUGAAGGAAAUAAAAUGCCUUUAUUGUGUCUGAAUGCUUCUUUUCAUUUUGUUUGUUAAACCCAACGCUCAGCUGGAGUUUGUUGUGCGUGACGACCUGCCUUCCUGUCCAUCGUCCAUCUCCUCACAACAACAACAACAGCAGACGCAAAGCCCCCAUGUUACUGAGGGGCCCGCAGUCAGAGGAGACGGGGAGAGCUUCUUGUUUAAAUCAGUGUGGUGUAAAACAUUCACUGGGCUGGAGCUGCUUUUAAAAGAUCAUCUGUAAGGAGCAUGAAAGCCCCCGUGGUGCAUUUCAGAAGAUGAUUUAUUCAGCACAUCUUCUCUCUUAGUAAAGGAACGAGAGCCAUUGAUUUUAAAAGGGUGGCUGCGUGAAAGCAACCUCAAAGCAGAUGCUUGGUUAUUCGAUAUAUCCUUGUGUAAACAGAGUCCUGCCAUUGCAAUGCCAUUGAAACAUGUUUAAAAGAUGCAUUACUGUGAUACAUGAAUCGCUGAAUCCCACUGCACUAGCAUUUAUAAUACAUGCCUUGGAAGGUGAUCAAUGUAGGAGUCUGCGUCUGAAUAAACCUUUAAUAUCAGGGGCAGGGCUGAAGUCCGCUCCUUGCUGCAGGUGAUUUGGUAUCUGAUGCCGUUCCUGUGUGCGGCAGGUGCUGCCUUGGUCUUUACUGAAGCAGUUUGCGAGGAUGAUCAUCUGUUAAAUUGGAUUAUGAAUCACGGCACCUCACCUCCAUAAGCCAGAGGCUGGCAGAGUAACAG